AAUACAAUUGCCGUAUGACUUUGAUAUCGGUUAAUACCGCGGGGCCGCAAGCACUAGCCAGCCCGGAGCAGUGACAGAAGCUACCCCGCCAUCACACUGGAGCUUCCUCGCCUCUCCUCCAACUCCAAGACAAGCGUCACCACAAUGUCUGCCAAAGUGACCGCCACCAGCCCUCUGGGCGAGGGCGAAGCCCGCUGGAUCAAGCUCAUCAAAAUCAAUUACGACGACCAGAACGGCAACGCCCGCACCUGGGAAUCCGCCGAGCGCCGCACCCGCCCCAAGAACGGCGAGAUUGAUGGCGUCGGCAUCGUCGCUAUCCUCGAAAAGCCCACCGGACCCGAGAUCAUCCUGCAGAAGCAGUACCGUCCGCCCAUUGACAAGGUCUGCAUUGAAGUCCCCGCGGGACUCGUCGACGAAGGCGAGACGGCCGAGCAGGCUGCCGUGCGUGAACUCAAGGAGGAGACAGGAUACGUUGGCAAGGCAUCUGAGACCACGCCGAUCAUGUUCAAUGACCCCGGCUUCUGUAACACGAACCUUCGCAUGAUCCACGUCACUAUCGACACCUCCCUCCCCGAGAACCAGAACCCAAAGGCCGAGCUAGAAGAAGGAGAAUUCAUUGAGGUCUUCACCGUGCCGCUGUCCAACUUCUGGGCAGAGUGCGUCCGUCUCGGGAAGGAGGGCUACGCGAUCGAUGCUCGCGUGGGGACCAUUGCCGAAGGCAUCGAAUUAGCAAAGAAAUUCAAGCUUUAACGGUGCUACAUGCUUGCCA